AUGCGUGGAGUAUGUGGAAAAAAUGGUAAAUUAUACCAAAAUUGUCCCUAUUCUGGAACACCUCUUCCUAUUAGUGAUAAAAAUGUUGAAAAGGAAAUAAAAAAUAUGUGUCCACAUUUAUUUGAAAAUGGUAAUAGAGAUUUAUGUUGUGAUAAGGAACAAUUUAAUAUACUUAAAAGUCAAAUGGCUGUACCAUUUCAAAUUCUUCAAAAAUGUCCAAGUUGUUUUAGAAAUUUUGCCAAUCUUUGGUGUGAUUUUGCCUGUUCACCAAAUCAAAGUAAUUAUAUUAAUAUUCUUAAAGUUGAAUCAUCAAAUUUUUCUAUAACUAAUAACUCUAAAUAUAUAACUUCUUUAGAGUAUUUUAUUGAUAAUAAUUUUGCACAAACACUUCUUAAUUCAUGUAAAAAUGUUCGUGCACUAGGAACAUAUGCCUUAGAUACAUUAUGUGGAAGAAAAGCAGAUGAAUGUACUAUUGAAAAAUGGUUAAAAUUUUUAGGAACAUAUAAUCCUCAUAUAGGUGUACCAUUUACAAUUAAUUUUUAUGUUGGUGGUAAUUAUACAAGAAAUAAUAAUGUUAUUAUACCAUCAAAAACUAAAGCAUAUCAUUGUAAUGAAUCAAUUAUUCCAUAUGGUGAUACAUGUGCCUGUUCAGAUUGUCCCUCAAUCUGUAAAAAUGAACCACCAUUUCCUAAAUUAUCUGAUGAGUCAUGUAAAAUUGCUACUAUGGAUUGUAUAAAAGCUAUGUCAUUAACUGCAUUUGGUGCUUUAUUAGCAACUGGUAUGUGUAUGAUGGUUCUUCAAUAUGUUUUAAAAAAAACAACUAAUGAUAAUAAUGAUAUGAAAGAUUUUAAAGCAACUCCUAUGACAUCAUUACCAUUUAUAAAAGAUACAAAUGGUGGAUAUCUUGAAAAUUUAGGAUAUUCUAUUGAACAACUUCUUGAAGGAAUAAGUUAUCAAAUUGGUUUAAUAGCAGCACGUCGUCCUCUUAUGGUAUUUUCAUUUGGUUUUAUUGUUGCAUUAAUAUGUUCUAGUGGAUUAUUAAUGGUUAGAUUUACAACAGAUCCAGUAGAAUUAUGGUCAUAUCCACAUUCAAAAGCUAGACAACAAAAAGAUUUUUUUGAUACUAAUUUUGGACCAUUUUAUAGAACAGAACAAGUUAUAAUAUAUCCUAAAAAUCAAAAAUUUUUUCUUCAUUCAAAUGUAACAACAGAAGUAGAUGAAAAUUAUUAUGGACCAGCAUUUAAAAAAGAAUUCUUAAAAGAGGCAUUUAAACUUCAAUUAAAUAUAAUGAAUUUAAAAGUUAAAACACAAAAUAAUAAGAUAAUAUCAUUGAAUGACAUAUGUUUUAAACCAAUGAAAGGAAGGCAAUCAAAAUGUGCUAUUAUGAGUAUAUUUAAUUAUUUUCAAAAUAAUAUUAAUUUAUUAGAUAUAGAAAUUGAGAAUGAUUAUGACUUUUAUACAAAAGAUUAUCUUUAUCAUAUUUUUAAUUGUAUUAAAAAUCCAUAUACUAUGGUAUCGAGUGUUGGAUUAAGUUGUCUGGCUGAUUUUGGUGCCCCAAUUCAACCAUAUGUUAUUUUGGGUGAUUUUAAUUUUACAAAUAAUUAUGAAUCAUCAAGAGGACUUGUUUUAACAUUUUUAGUUAAAAAUAAUAUUGAUGAAAUUGAUAAUUUAAAUGCUUUAGAAUGGGAAAAAGAAUUUAUUCAAUUUUUAAAAGAAUAUAAUAGUGAUACAAUUCAUGUAUCAUUUAUAGCAGAAAGAUCUAUUGAAGAUGAAAUUGAAAGAGAAUCAAAAUCAGAUGCAUUUACAGUAUUGAUAUCAUAUAUUUUUAUGUUUUUAUAUGUUGCAUUUACUUUAGGACAAUAUCAAGUAUCAAAUAAUAAUUUAUUAUAUUUAUUUGUUUCAUCAAAACUUUUACUUGGUGUUGCAGGAGUACUUAUUGUGGCAUUAUCAGUAACAGCAUCAAUAGGUGUUUAUGCAUUUUAUGGAAUACCAGCAACAAUGAUAAUUCUUGAAGUUCAACCUUUUCUUGUUUUAGCUGUUGGUGUUGAUAAUAUUUUUAUUUUUGUACAAACAUAUCAAAGAAUGUCAUCAUUUCAGAUGGAUGAACCAUUAGAUAUAAGAAUAGCUAAAAUUUCUGGUGAAGUUAUACCAUCAAUGUUAUUAUCAUCUCUCUCCGAGGUUCUUUGUUUCUUUCUUGGAGCAUUAUCACAAAUGCCUGCUGUUCAAGUUUUUUCAUUAUAUGCUGCAUUAGCUUUAAUAUUUGAUUUUUUCCUUCAAGUUACAUGUUUCUUAAGUUUAUUUGUUAUUGAUAUAAAAAGGCAAGAAAGUGGUAGACCAGAAAUAUUUUGUUGUCAAAGACUUCCUGUUGAACCUGUUAAUCCAGAAAGUUAUAUGUAUUCUAUUUUUAAUAAAUAUUAUAGUCCAUUUUUAUUUUCUAAACCUAUUAGAUGUGCUGUUAUUGUUAUAUUUUUUGGAUGGUUAUGUAGUUCAUUAGCUUUUAUCAAUCAAAUACAAUUAGGUCUUGAUCAAAAAAUGGCUGUACCAGAAGAUUCUUAUGUUUUAACACAUUUUAAAAAUACUGAUAGAUUUUUAAGUGUUGGACCACCUGUAUAUUUUAUUAUUAAAGGAUAUUAUGAUUAUAGUCGAAUUGAUUUACAAAAUAAAUUAUGUUCUGGUAUUGGUUGUAAAAGUGAUUCACUUGGAGCACAAAUAUCUAAAGCAUCUAAAUGGAAUAAUCGUAGUUAUAUUGCUGAACCAGUAAUGAAUUGGGUUGAUGAUUAUAUAUCAUGGUUAAAAUCAAAUGGUCAACCACCUUGUUGUAGAAGAUUUAAAAAUAAUGGUACAUUUUGUUCUGCAUCUAUAAAUGAUGAUAAAUGUUAUAAUUGUAAUGUUGAAUUUAUUAAUAAUAGACCAAGAACAGAUUUAUUCUUUAAUUAUGUACAUGAUUUUUUGUCAGAUAAUCCAACAUCAGAAUGUCCAUUAGGUGGGCAUGCAGCAUACUCAUCAGCAUUAAAAGUUACCAAUUCAGGGAGAGUCUCAACCUCCUAUUUUAUGACAUAUCAUACAGUUUUAAAAAAAUCUGAAGAUUAUAUUAAUGCUAUGGCUGUAGCUAAACAAAUAUCAACCAAUUUGACAGAUAUGUUAAAUAAAGAUCUUGAAGCACAUUGUCCAGUAGAAGUAUUUCCAUAUAGUGUAUUUUAUGUAUUUUAUGAAAAUUAUGAAACAAUUGUUUCUGAUGCAAUUAUUCAAAUAAUAUUUUCAAUAACAGGAAUUUUUGUUGUUGCUACAUUAUGUCUUGGAAUAGAUCCAUGGUCUGGAAUGAUUAUUGUUGUAACAAUAGCAUCAAUAUUAUUAAAUUUAAUAGGAUUAAUGUAUUGGUGGAAUAUUGAUUUUAAUGCUAUAUCAGUUGUUAAUUUAGUUAUGAGUAUGGGAAUAUCAGUUGAAUUUUGUUCACAUAUUGUUAGAUCAUUUGCUUUAAGUUGCCAAAGAAGAAAAUUAGAUAGGGCCAAAGAAAGUUUAAGUAUUGUUGGAAGUAGUGUUUUAAGUGGUAUUACUUUAACUAAAUUUGGUGGUAUUCUUGUUUUAGCAUUUGCUCAUAGUCAAAUUUUUAAAGUUUUUUACUUUAGAAUGUUUUUGGGUAUUGUAAUUAUUGGUGCUGCUCAUGGUUUGAUAUUUUUACCUGUUUUAUUAAGUUUUGUCGGACCACCAGUGAAUCGUAGAAGAUUACUAGCCAAAAUAAAUGAUCACAAUAAUUCUUUUACAAAAAAUUUUACUACAUCAGGAAAAAACAGAGAAUAUUUGACAGGAAAGAAAACAACAAUUGAACAAGAUGAUUCAGAUACUGAUGAACAGUACAUUCAACAAGUUGUUUAUAGUUGA